AUGGCGGCUCCCGUUGGGCGCGGAGCCCCCGCCGCGGAUCCCCCGGUGGCCGAGGCCGGGCCGGCGGCGGACGUGGCGGAGCUGCUGCCCUUCCUGGCCCCCGGGGCGCGCCCCAACCUGCGGGCAGCCGCCGCGCAGCACGUCCUGGCACUCACGGGCUCCGCGGCGGGCCGCGCGCUGCUGGCCGGGCAGGCCGCCGUGCUGCGGGCGCUGGUGGACCUGGCAGCGGACCCGGACCCGGACCCGGACCCGGCCCCCAGCCCAGCCCGCGACGCCCUGCGCGCGCUCGUCAACCUGGCCGCCGACGCGGGCCUGCACCGGCCGCUGCUGGAGGCCGAGCCCGGCCUGCUGGGCCGCCUGCUGGGCCGCGCGCUGCAGCCCCGGGGGCCCUGGGCCGAGGAGGCGGCCGCCGUGCUGGCCAACCUGAGCCGCGAGCCGGCGCCGUGCGGCGCGCUGCUCCAGGCCCUGGAGGCCCAGUCGGGCCUGGAGUGCCUGGUGCGCGCCCUCUGCGCCCCCGCGGGCCCCCAGCACGACGCCCGCGCGCCCCCCUCCUACCUGGGGCCCCUGCUCGCCAACCUGAGCCAGCGGGCCGAGGCGCGCGCUUUCCUGCUGGACCCGGCCAGGUGCGUGGUCCAGCGGCUGCUGCCCCUCACGCAAGACUCUGGUUCCUCCGUGCGGAGGGCCGGGGUGGUGGCCACCCUGCGGAACUGCUGCUUUGACCACCGGCACCACGAGUGGUUGCUCGGGCCCGACGUGGACAUCCUCCCCUUCUUGCUCUUGCCCUUGGCAGGGCCUGAGGACUUCUCCGAGGAGGAGAUGGAGCGGCUGCCUGUGGACCUUCAGUAUCUGCCGCCAGACAAGCAGCGGGAGCCAGAUGCUGACAUCCGCAAGAUGCUCAUUGAGGCCAUUAUGCUGCUAACAGCCACGGCCCCAGGGCGGAAGCACGUGAAGGACUCGGGGGCUUACCUGGUCCUUCGGGAGCUGUACAACUGGGAGCCCGAGCCGGACGUGCGCACGGCCUGUGAGAAACUCAUCCAGGUGCUUAUUGGGGAUGAGCCGGAGUGUGGCCUGGAGAACCUGCUGGAAGUUCAAGUACCUGAGGAUGUGGAGAGACAGUUACAGAAGCUGGACCUCCAGGAUCCCACGCAGAGCAAGCAGGAGUGGCAGCUGGACCCCAGGCCACCAACAGAGGGCAGCAGCUCAGCCCCGGGCUGAGCAGGCAGUAGAGCUCAGCCCCUACCUGAGCCCUGCUGGCCUCUGGUCCCGUCUCAGGCUUUGCUCAGAGGCAACCCUGAAUGCCUGGUGCAUCUCAGGGCCUGUGACCACCAGCAGAAAGACGCUGCCCAGGAAUCCCCUCGAAGGCUUAAUGAGGAUUCCACAGAUGCAAUAGACCUGAGAGGCUACGGAGGCUUUUUAGUUGAGUGGCGUAGGGUCAGGGCAUCGAUGGGCACAUCAGUGUGUGAGGGCCCUAGUGUUGGGUGCCCUCAGCUGCCCAGUGUUAUUUGCCUUUUUAAUUUUGAAAUUUUUUGGGUCACGCCGGCAGUGUCCAGGGGUUCCUCCUGGCUCUAUGCUCAGAAAUAGCUCCUGGCAGGCUCGGGAGACCACAUGGGAUGCCGGGAUUCGAACCACUGUCCUUCCGUAUGCAAGGCAAACACCCUACCUCCAUGCUAUCUCUCCGGCCCCUGUUCUUUGCCUUUCACCUGUGCCUGGAGCCUGCUCCGUGCCCCAGGACCCCCGACCACUGUGCAGAAAUCUUCCCCAGCACUGCAGUUUGUUCUUGUCCAAAGCCUGUCUCUGGUCCUGAACUCAUCCUCCCAGACUUCUCCUGUGAGGGCCCCCAGAUCUACAGUCACUGAUCCCUGCUCUGCAGACUCACUUGUCACCAGAACCCAGUGAUACCCAGGGCCAGAAUAGCUUGUGUCCUGGGCCUUCUAGCACCUGUCUGCCAUGUCUGGCUCCCACUCGUAACUCUUCCUGUGCUGAAUGUCUGCCUGGCAGCACAUCGCUGAGCUUUUCUACAGUGC